UUAAACUUGUAAUCGAAGAUCAGAAUAAGGUUAUUUUUAUUAAAAUUAUGCUAUAGGUAUUUCUAUUCUAAAACAAGUAAAACAUAACUGAUAAAAUGGCUUUUGCGCCAAUACGUACGCACGUUAUGCGCUUAAUCGGACAAAGCGGUCAUUAUUCAACACUGCUGCAAAGGUCCAUGGCAUAUAAGAGCGCUAUUUCUUUGGAAACACUAUAUCCUAACAGUUCUCUUAAGCUGACUACACCUGCAUUUACUCCAAAUCCAGAUGAAAAAUUCUCAGGAUAUAUACCGAUCGAUAAGUUGGAUAUCAAAUAUAGCGCUAGCUCGGGGCCCGGUGGGCAAAAUGUGAACAAGGUCCAUACUAAAGUGGAUUUAAGGUUUAAAGUUGAUGAGGCUGACUGGAUCCCUAAAGAGAUUAGAGAAAAAAUGCUAGAGCUGCACAGCAAAAAGUUAUCUAAAGAAGGAUUCUUGAUUUUGCGCUCAGAUGUGACUCGGUCACAGCAGUUAAAUCUGGCAGACUGCCUUCAAAAACUUAGAAAUAUAAUAAGAGAAGCUUCAGUUACGAAGAAAGAAGCUUCUCCAGAGACCACUGAACGCAUCAGACAGAGGCAUUUAAAGGCUUCUCGGCUGCGUGUUGCUAUUAAACGUGAAGAUGCUUUGAGGCGUGCUCAGAGACAGCCGCCCACUGUUGUAGACUUAUGAUUUUUUUAUUAAAUUGGGCAUACAUUUAAAUACUAACUGGAUUCAAAUAUCGACAGAAUAUUUUCCAAAAUAUUAAAUUGCUAUUAAUAUAAGUUUUCACUAAUGAUAACAUUCAAAGUCAAAGUCAAUAAUCCUUAUUCAAUAUGGAAGUGUUAAACUUGAUUAUUGAUAGUCAAAAAUCUACCAGUUACCAAUUGAAACUACUUCCACUAAAAACUGCCGAAAACACUAACUACAAAGUAAAUUUAUAGCCAGUGUCACUUGGGAUAAUUGUUAAGUAUUCUUACAAUAUAUCUAAAUCAGUUAAGCUUAUAAGGAAACUUACAUACACAAACUCUGACAUAAUACACUCCUCUUUUGGGCAGAUUGACAGUAAAGAGAUAUUAUGCAAAUAUUGCUGGCAAUAAAUAUUUCGGUAAACUAUUCUGCCGCUCACCAUGAAUUCAGAUUGGUAGAUACCAUUUUGGAAAAUAUUUUUAUCAAAAUGGUGGCAACAGUUUUUGUAAUUUAAAUGUAUUGUCAAAACGAGUUCUACAUUCAAUCAGGUCAAAUGAAUGGUCAGAUUAUAAAAACUUGUUUGAAUUACAAAAAACUGUCGAAGUGUGCCCAAUUUAAAUUAUAAUAAGGUUUAAUUAGUUUGUAGACUUAUUAAUAAAAAUGAAUAAUUGUACUUA